AUGGAUAUUAGAAAUUUCUUUAAAAAACGAGAGGACGUGUUACAGGAGUUACCCGACGAAUCUCCUUCAAAAACUACUGUCGAAACAGUAACUCCUACGACCGCAAAUACUGCACAAAACACAACAAACAUAGAAGUUCCUCAAGAUUUGCCUAAACGUGGGGAACCUAUAAAACAAACAAAACUUGUGAAUUACCCCAAGACAAAUUUUCGUUGUUUUCGAUCUGAAUGGUAUAGUCGAUUUAGCUGGUUGUUAUAUUCAGAGGAACGCGAUGCAGCGUACUGUUACGCCUGUAUGCAAUUUCAGCCACAUGGUACUAAAGAAGUUGCAUUUACAAGUAGUGGGUUUAAAAAUUGGAAAAACGCUCUUGAUGUUAGAGGAUUUUCUCGGCAUGAAAAAUCUGAGACUCAUAUUCGCGCUAUGGCACUGUGGACAGAAAGAAAUCAAAGAAUAAAUUCCUGCACGUCAGUAUCAACACUUGUCAGCUCUGGAGUUUUAGAAAAGCAUCGAUACUAUAUGAAAUCAAUAAUAGAGGUUAUACAAUUCUUAGUUGUAAACGAAUUGGCCUUAAGAGGAAAUUACAAUUUAGAGGAGCAUACGGAAAGGGGUUUGUUCAAUAAAUUAUUUGAGUAUACUCUACGGAAGGAUAAAUUUUUGGCCGAAUGCCAAAUACAUAUUCCCCGAAACGCCAUUUAUACAUCACCAGAAAUACAAAACGAAAUAAUUGAAGUAAUGGCAGAAAUGGUUAGAAGCAAUAUUACAAAUUCUAUUAAUAACGCGGAUGUUAAGUGGUUUACAUUACUAGAAGAUGGAACCAAAGAUAGGAAUAAUCGUGAAAAUGUAGCAAUUGGCAUUAGGUAUGUAAAAGAUGGAAAGGUAAGGGAAUCGCUUCUCCAAAUAAUCACCAAAAAAAAAUUGGAUGCGAACACUUUUACUGCAGAAACGUUAGAAGUCUUACAAAAAAAUAAUAUUGAUACAAAGCACUUGCUCAGUCAGUGCUAUGAUGGAGCCAGUGUUAUGAGUGGCAGAGUAGGAGGAGUUGCGGCAAAAAUUCAGAACAAACUUCAAAGAACUGUUCCGUAUGUCCACUGCUUCAAUCACCGACUACACUUAGUUGUAGUAAAAACAGUUUCAGAAAUCACAAUGCUCAACCACUUUUUUGAUCAGUGCAUUUUACUCCACGAAUUUUUUCAUCAUGCAAAAGUGGCAGAAAUAUAUGAAGGAAGAACGAUCGGUCGUUUGUUAGAACAGCGCUGGUCGGGACAUUUAACAGCAGCACAAGUCAUUCUAUCAAAUUAUAAAGAAAUUUUGAAAACUCUGCAAGUAAUUCAGAAAGGGAAUUUUAAUGGAUUUGAUGUUGCUAAAAGUACUGGCUUGCAAGUAGUUAUUGAAAAAAUAGAAUUUCGUUUCGCAUUGCUACUAGCCAACAAAAUAUUAUCACUUCUACAGGCAGCAGAUGCGGCUUUACAAACUCGAACCAUUGGACUAACAGCAGCUUUAUCCAUUAUCAAGUCCACUGUUACGGAAAUACGUUUGUUAAGAACAGAGAAAAAUUAUUGUUCCUUAUUAGCAGACGCUAAACAACUUCUGCCAGAUGCGAAUACAGAAAACGAAAACCCAUCAAUUUCGAUGAUUACAUUGUCACAGAACAACUACCUCAUUCAAGUUCAAGCACAAGCUCUGAUACUAAUCUUAGAAGUGGCUACUAUGAAGCAAUUGAUAUGGUAUUAUCAGAAAUGGAAAGACGCUUUGAAGAACACGAUGGACUAA